AUGCAUGACAAGACCUGCCCCAAGUGCGGAGCUGCUUCUGACGGCAGCUCCAAAACAUGCGGCUCGUGCGGAGCUGUAAGUCACGACAAAAAAAGACCAUUCCCCCUCGAGACAGGACAAAGCAUAAAAUCAAUCACAUAUUACUACAUCACUGCUCGGGUCUAUGCCGCCAGGCUUUGCUUUUUUUUAUUUUUGUUCAGAGACUGA